UCCGGCUGCUGUAGUACGUGUGCUUCACAGCAGUUAGCUUGCGGCCAGUUAGCCAACGUUAAAGCCAAACUCAGAAACAUGGUGCUGCUGGAAAACGAUUCGUUUCUCACAGAGCUCACGCGGCUGUUCCAGAAGUGCAGAACAUCUGGAAGUGUCGUCAUCACACUAAAGAAAUAUGAUGGGAGGACCAAGCCAGUGCCUAGAAAGGGCCACUCAGAGUCAUUUGAACCAGCAGACAACAAAUGUCUCAUCAGAGCCUCUGAUGGCAAGAAGAAAAUUAGCACAGUGGUCAGCACCAAAGAAGUAAUCAAGUUUCAAAUGGCAUACUCCAACCUCCUGAGAGCUCACAUGGACGGACUUAAGAAGAAAGAUAAGAAAAGCAAAAGCAAGAAAACCAAAGCCACCCAAUGAGCAACAGACUCUUUAACAUAACCAUGGGUACGUAAACUGGCCUGUACCAUCUGAGGGAGUGGGAAAGGUCUCCACCUGGUCUGUCGCCUCACUCAGCCUUUUCCCUUUCACCUAAGGCCUCAGAAUCACUGUUCAUCCUCCCGAUGACUGCUUUGAUAUUAUGCCAUUUUUUGCAUGGUGAUGUCUCAUCCCUGGCUGUUCGAAGCCAUCGGCCAUCUGGAACAGAAAACCUGAGGAUUUCUGGUACAGGACGAAGCAAGUCAACUUCAUUGAAUCGCCACUAUUUCUGCUUCGUAACCAGGUCAUCAACAGCUGCGUUACCUCAGAAGCCAAAUCAAGCGAGCCCAACGUUUACCUGCCUUUCAUACUAUUUAAUUUUUAGAGUCAAUAUUUAUGUUAUAUUUACGGCUAGCCUACGAGAGGUGCUGCCAUGUUUCAAUUCGACUGCGUUUUGAGAGGAAUUUUUGUAAUUUUUUUUCUCUUCUUAUAAAUUAAACAAACAUUGGAUUGCCCGCAAAGUUGCUUGGAAGCACAGAUUAUUUUAUUUUAAACUAAUUUUUACUGCAUUAAGCUUGGUAUUGUAGAUAAAUAUUCACUUUAUUCCGUUUUUUUUUAACCUCCUUUAAUUCAAUGGACAUUAUUUUUGUUUCGAACCACGGUUCCAUACCAAGCUUUCAAACUGUCUGUCUUAGAUGUUAAACACCAAUAAAUAGUACUGUGUAGCCUCAGUUCAGGUAGUAAUUGAAGAAGUGAACCAGAUUUCUGAAUGAUGACAUGAUGCAAAAUGUUAUAAGUCACAGAUUUUACUGAAAGACAUGUUUAAGUUAUGAAUUCAAAGACAAAAUGUUCUCUGUUAUUCUAAUAAUGUAAUUUCUGUUAAUUAAAAUUACACGGCAGGUUUAACUACAGCUAGUAUAUCUGUAAGGUCUCUCCGUGCUCCCGGGUCCUAAUAUUAUGGAGGAGGACUGCAGCAGAAUUUAAGUUCAGAAAUAAAGUGCGUUGUUAAAAGUCA